AUGGAAGAGAGGUUGGGGUGAACUAAUUUACAUAAACUGACCAAGAUAUAACCCAACAUAUUUCCUAUUUAAAUAUAAAAUUCAAAAUUUGAAUUUAAUUCACUUUUACUUGGGGAACCCCUCCGUUCCGUCGCCUAUGAUCCUAUUCCAGUGCUAUAUGCUUACAGUAUACUACUAGUUGUAAAUUGCUGCCUUGAGAUCAGGUGUUCGUCAAUAAUUCAAUGUUCAUACAGACGUUGCGGUCACAAUUUGAGAGCCAAUUUGAGCUACAAUCCAGGCCAAAAUUAAUAUUUAAACAUAAUCCACUUUUGCAAAAAUCCUAACAAACAGCUAAAACUUGACUUUACACGCAUAUCCCUCACUUCCCAUCCUCAAUGUCGCAUAUCUGCAUUGUAAAUACAUGAAAUAUUUGAUUGUCAUAACGUUAAAUUUAACACUCAACAAUUUUACUGUUGCAUAUCCGCAUUAUACUCACGUCGUAUAUCUUUAUGAAAAAAUUCGUUUUGACAUUGACUUGGGGGGAGCGGGGGUAUUUAUUUGGAGAAACGCCAUUCGAGCUGCCAAUGCCUGUGGGUUUGUCCACAGAGUGUUGGAUUGUAGCUCAUCUGAAUUAAACACCGGGUAGAACUACCUGCUGAUAUGUACUGAAUGCUAAUGAGGAAAUUUUAUAAAAUAUUUCAAGAUACAGUCGGUAAAAUUUUUAAUUUAUUUGACAUGUGAAAUUUUGAGAUGCAUGCAGGAAUGGUUAAAGUGAAGAAAAAUAUUAUGUGACUUACGCAAGCAUUGACUAUAAUUAUAACAUAUAAGUAUUCUUUAUUAUAAACUCGGUUAUCCCACAGCUGUCUAUCCUAUCCAGUCACUUAUUGCUCUCAACUACUUAUAGCGAACUGCAAAGAGCCUAUAUCCCAGAAGAGUUGUCGCUACGUGUGUGAUGCAAAUUUUAUGGAAAUACCUGUAAAAAUAUUUGUACUUUAUGGCAGCAUAGUUAUUUGCAUGUAAGCACCUUGUCUAAGUGGGUAUGUUGGCAAGAAACCGAAUUUUAACACACAUCCUUCUGCUAAAUAUUCUUUGCGUUUGUACAGUUCUUUAUCUAAUAAUCAACGUAGCUAUUUACUCUAGAAAAUCUCCAAUUUAAUACUGUUAACGAAUAGAUCAUUCACGUUCAUUUCACGUUUGAAACUACCUAAUAUUUGGCAGAAUAAAAGUUGAAAAUUUCAGCAGUCUGGUGACGAGUUGACGUAUAUGAGAUCUGACUGGUCAUGUAAUACUAAAAUAAUUUUCAUGUUAGAGCAUUAACAACAAAUGUUGUUUUGGGGCAGUUGGAACUUGGAAGUUGAAAAGAAAAGUCAGAAUUUUGACCAGAAUUCGCGAGUUAAGUGAAAGUGGCCAGAGAAGAGAAGAUUAACAACAUAAACUGAAAAAAAUACUACGAAAGAUUAAUAAAGAGGUAGCCUACGACACACACCAACUACUAACAUAUUCCUUACAAUUUACAUCUAUACGUAGCAGGUGGUCUGGUUUUUACCUUAAUUUGAAAGAUGAUUAUGAUACUCGGCAAUAAUUGCCGAGUAUCAUGCCAGGACAUGAUUAAGUUAAGGCCUGCUCUGGGACCUUAAAUCGCCCUAAAUCGCUGCGAUUUAGUGCGAUUUAGUGCGAUUUAGUGCGAUUUAGUGCGAUUUACGGAAAAAAUGGAGUUUUUAAGCAGUGCGAUUUAGACAGCGUUCCUCACUCUGAGGACAGCGUUCCUCACUCUGAGAAAAGCGUUCCUCGCUCUGAGGACAGCGUUCCUCACUCUGAGGACAGCGUUCCUCACUCUGAGGACAGCGUUCCUCAUACUGAGGACAGCGUUCCUCACUCUGAGGACAGCGUUCCUCACUCUGAGGACAGCGUUCCUCAUACUGAGGACAGCGUUCCUCACUCUGAGGACAGCGUUCCUCACUCUGAGGACAGCGUUCCUCACUCUGAGGACAGCGUUCCUCACUCUGAGGACAGCGUUCCUCACUCUGAGGACAGCGUUCCUCACUCUGAGGACAGCGUUCCUCACUCUGAGGAAAGCGUUCCUCACUCUGAGGACAGCGUUCCUCCCUGUGAGGACAGCGUCCCUCACUCUGAGUAAAGCAUUCCUCACUCUGAGGAGAGCGUUCCUCUCUCUGAGGACAGCGUUCCUCACUCUGACGACAGCGUUCCUCACUCUGAGGACAGCGUUCCUCACUCUGAGGACAGCGUUCCUCACUAUGAGGACAGCGUUCCUGACUCUGAGUAAAGCGUUCCUCACUCUGAGGACAGCGUUCCUCACUAUGAGGACAGCGUUCCUGACUCUGAGUAAAGCGUUCCUCACUCUGAGGACAGCGUUCCUCACUAUGAGGACAGCGUUCCUGACUCUGAGUAAAGCGUUCCUCACUCUGAGGACAGCGUUCCUCACUAUGAGUACAGCGUUCCUCACUCUGAGGACAGCGUUCCUCACUCGGAAAACAGCGUUCCUCACUCUGAGGACAGGGUGCCUCACUAUGAGGACAGCGUUGCUCACUCUGAGUAGAGCGUUCCUAACUCUGAGGACAGCGUUCCUCACUCUAAGGAAGCGUUCCUCACACUGAGGACAGCGUUCCUCACUCUGAGGACAGCGUUGCAGACUCUUAGUAAAGCGUUCCUCACUCUGAGGACAGCGUUCCUCACUAUGAGGACAGCGUUCCUAACUCUGAGGACAGCGUUCCUCACUCUGAGGACAGCGUUCAUCACUCUGAGGACAGCGUUCCUCACACUGAGGACAGCGUUCCUCACUCUGAGGAAAGCGUUCCUCACUCUGAGGACAGCGUUCCUCACUCUGAGGACAGCGUUCCUCACUCUGAGGACAGCGUUCCUCACUCUGAGGACAGCGUUCCUCACUCUGAGGACAGCGUUCCUCACUCUGAGGACAGCGUUCCUCACUCUGAGGACAGCGUUCCUCACACUGAGGACAGCGUUCCUCACUCUGAGGCAGGUUCCUCACUCUGCAGCAGCUUGAAUUUAUUCCAACUUAUCAAGGAACCAACUAGGGUGACUUUGCAGUCCUCAUCUCUCAUCGAUGUGAUUUUAACAUCUAACACAAGCUUGGUAGUGGAAAGUGGAGUUGAAGAAACGCACAUCAGUGACCACUUUCUGGUUUAUUCAAUAUUAAAGCUUAAAUUGCCUUAAGAAAUUACCUGAUUACAUGGUCAUAAGAAGUUUUAAGAAUUAUUCUUCUGAAGCGUUUAAAAAUGAUCUAGAACAGCUGAUUUGGCAAGAAAAUCCAAUUGACCAGGGCGUUAACCAGCGACUGGACAAUUUUAAUCAGAAAUUUCUAAGUGUAUUAGAUAUGCAUGCCCCGAUAAAGACUGUUAAGAUUAAACGUCGCUUGUGCCCUUUUGUUGACCAGGAAAUUGUUCAACUUAUGAAAAAAAGAAAUGCGCUGCAUAAACUUGCCCGCCAAACCCUGCAGGCCUUGAACUGGGACAGAUAUCGUUCAUGUAGAAAUCAAAUUAAAAGAAAAUUGAGAGAAUCCGACAGAAAAUUUGUGUAUAAAAGAAUUAAUGACAAAAAUAGCAACAACAACUCCCUAUGGAAAACUGUAAGAGAAUAUAUUCCUAGAAAUGAAAAAACACGUUUAACUUAUUCUGGAAUGUCGUUGAAGUAGCGAACAAAUUUAAUGAAUACUUUUCUUCAGUCGGAGCAAAAGCGGCAGAAGAAUCCAAAGCGUUGAUUACUUCAUAUGGUCUUACAUCGACUCAUCCAGAGAUACCACAUAAAUUUAGUGCAGAAAUUGACAAGUUUCAUUUUCACCCUGUGUCCUGUGACGUGAUUCGUAAAAUUGUGUGUUCUUUUCCAUCCAAUAAGUCCCCUGGACCAGAUAAAGUUUCUGUGAAAGUGAUCAAAGAUACCUUACCAUACAUUCUUCAACCUCUUACGGAUAUUGUUAACUGCUCUUUAAGAGAAUCUUUGUUUCCCAGCGCCUGGAAGUUGUCAGAAGUUAUUCCCCUAUUAAAAGAAGGGGAUCACGAAAUUGCUAAAAAUAAUCGGCCAAUUUCCUUGCUACUUGCUGCAUCAAAGAUCAGCGAGCGUGUAGUUUUGGAACAAUUUACAGCAUAUGUGGAACAGAAGAAAUGCUUAAGCGUACACCAAAGUGGAAACAGGAAGUUGCACUCCACUGAAACAUUGAAUUUAUUUAUAUCGGAUAAGAUCUUAAAGUCUAUGGACGACAAGGAGGUCGUAGCUGUAAUUCUACUAGACCUUUCUAAAGCAUUUGACAGUAUCGAUCAUGUAUUGCUUCUAAAAAAGCUCCAAGUAUUGGGAGUGUCCGAUGACGCUUUAUGUUGGUUUAAAAGUUACUUGACAGGACGACAGCAGGUUGUGCGCACUGGAUCGACUGUCUCUGAAACACGCACACUCAAUCAUGGCGUUCCGCAGGGCUCAAUUCUCGGUCCCAUGUUAUUCAACAUAUAUAUUAAUGAUUUACCUAUGGUACCAAAGAAUGGUAAUUUGAAGUCUUACGUCGACGACUCGAAGCUACUUUUGUCAUUUUCCGUCAAUGAAGUGGACUCAGCGGCUGCUAAGCUUAACGAAGAUCUACGGAGAGUCGUUUCUUGGUGUUCUCUAAAUAGUCUGCUUAUUAAUCCCAAUAAGACGAAAUUACUUGUGUUCGCAACUCGUUAUAUGUUGAAACAGAUACCGCAGAUUUCCAUAUUUUACUAUUGGGGAAAAAAAUGUUUCCUGUGA